CAACGACCCAGGCGGAGUGAUUUGGUGCGGACUACACCCAAGCGCCUGUCCGAUUGCAGCGGCUUCUCGUCGUUGCCUAGACCAGAAGAAAGCCGGGACGUGACGGAGCCGGGGGGUUCUGCUUGUUGGAGGCCCGUUUAACCGCCGAUAAAAACAGCUUCCUCGCAGUUUUUCGUCGCUCAAGAGACGUUUGUGACCUACCUUGACCUUACGUAUUUUUUCACCUUAGAACUAAUUUCACAAACAUGUCCUGGCAAAGCUACGUGGACAACCUGAUGGCUGAUGGCAGCUGCCAGGACGCGGCCAUUGUUGGGUACACAGACGCCAAAUACGUCUGGGCAUCGUUUGGCGGCGGUACAUUUGCCAACAUAACGCCUGAAGAAAUUGAUGUGUUAGUAGGAAAGGACCGAGAGGGAUUCUUCACCAGUGGACUGACCUUAGGCAAUAAAAAGUGCUCCGUAAUCAGAGACAGCCUCCAAGUUGACGGCGACUGGACAAUGGACAUCCGGACAAAGAGUCAAGGAGGAGAGCCAACAUACAAUGUUACUGUAGGCAGAGCCGGCAAAGCAUUGGUUUUUGUCAUGGGGAAGGAAGGUGUCCAUGGAGGGCAGCUCAACAAGAAAGCAUUUCAGAUGUCUGAUUACCUGAGGAAGUCCGGAUACUAAAGCAGCCUGUACCCAGCCACCUAGCAGCUCACCCUUACCACCCUGUUGCAUUUCACACUACUUCCAGUCCUAGUUGAUAGUUAAUUUGUGUUUCUUUUUCUGCCUUCUCUCCUCCCCAUUUGUUAUCCCCCCCCUUGGGUUUUUUUUUUUUUGUUUUUGGUCAUCUUCCCCUAACUCACCUUCUUCCUUCAACACACUUGCGCUGUGUACUCUUACCUCCUUAAGCACUAUAAGUUGAUCCAUAGCAAAGAUGAGCAUGUUGCUAACAGGAUGUCAUGACAAAUCUGUACUUAACAAGACCAGCAAAACAAGUCUCCCCCGAACACUUGGACAAUGAAGGUUUAUAGCAUCAGUAUGAAGUAGAUAUUUCUUUAUUUUCUCUGUCAUAGUACCCGUUUCUUAAUCCCUCCCAAACCUGAUCAUACACACUCCCUUCCUGAGCAGCCAAUGCCUUCAGAGCACUUGAGCGGUAACCAAGCUCGUCAUGUCUUCCUUUUCUAUUUUCCCCAUCGCGUCCGGGAGGACAGACUGUGUGCAUAUCUGGGUCCACUGUCGUGCUCCCCCACCCCACCAAAACCAACCCCCACCCCAUUACACACACUACGUCAUGCCAAAAUUUUCGAGCCCCCUCCCGCUUUCUCCGUUUCCCUUUCCUGUUUGUUCAAAGCAGGCAACACUACAAACCUCACAGGAAUCUCUCAUCCUCAUUAAGCACUACACACAAUACAACUGGUCCCCCAACUCCUCUCCUUUAGAUCCGCUGUUCUGUCCCGAUUACAUUUUAUUUUAAAAAAGGGAGGGUGGGGGGGUGUUCUUGGAUCAGCUCAGUUAAUUAUCAUGAGCCAGAUUUAAAAGUGUUGGUGUCAUCCGGAUGUGCUGGUAGCCUUUGCUCCUGUCACCACAACCUCCCGACUACACGAAAACCCAUGGACAUUCCACAGUAACAAUGGCUCAGGCACUUAAUAUUACUGUUUUUGUUUGCCAGCUCCUGUAAUAUAUAUCCUUUUUUUAUUUUAUUUUAUUUUAUUUUUCCAAAGGCUGCCAUUUUUGGACAGUAGAAAUCCCAGCAUAUAACCAUUUGGAGUGUGUCCAGUUUGAAUUGUUUUUCUUUUUAUAGGACCAAGUGUAGUCGACGCUCGGGUGUUUAUACAAUUGCUCUAAAUCAUGUGAAGGAUGACUGCUAACUUUUCUGAUGAAGGAAACACUAACCAAACAGUAAUACUUACUAUGGUUAAAAAAAAAAAAAUAUGAAGCUACAGGGGGAGGUAAGGUGGGAGUAUCUGAAGAAAAUUCUCAUUUCAUUUUUUUUUCUUUGUUUAGAAAACCAACAACUGCAUUUGUACAAACCCAUGCUGUGUUAACAAAAAAAAACUGUGGAAUAAAUUGCCUUUUACUCUAUAGUUAGCUGAGCUCUGGGGUAUCACAUGGUCUGUAUAUGCUCAGUACUGCUAACUGUAACGUCCAACUAAAAAAAAAACAAAACACUUUCAGUAGUAGAAAUGACACUCAAUGGGAGAUGGGAUUGGUUGGAACAAAGACGCUUCUGGUUGUCUUGUUGAAACUGCAGAACCUGUGUAUCCUGUGCCAUAAAAUAGAGAUCUGUUGCUGUUGUAAGAUGGAUUUUACCUACUGUCCAUUAAUAAGUCAUUUCAUUGGCACUUUUUUUUUCUUCUAGCUUCAGCUCCACUGUUAUGGCCUUGUGGGAUAUGUGUACUCAUAAAAAAGAAAACAGAAAAAACAAAACAGUUUCAAGUCCUGUUGGCUGAUUUAUGUUCAUUUAUUUUUCCUCAACACUUUUUUUUCUUACAUCUGGGAUACAGUCUUUAAUGCAUCUGAUUUCAUAUGCAUAAAACCAAGAAAUGCCAUAAAUUGAUUUAUCACCUUGUUUACAGACAGAUCAAAUAAAUUUAUUCCAACCAGA